UAAGUCAGAACAGACUCACGACCCAAUUGAGAGCCUGGGAAGGAAGCCCUGCUGACUACAGGACUCCUGGGAGACAAUCCUGACCACAGGACCCCUGAAGGCACUGCUGACCACAGGACCCCUGGAGGCACUGCUGACCACAGGACCCCUGGAGGCACUGCUGACCACAGGACCCUUGGGAGGCACUGCUAACCACAGGACACUUGGGAAGUGCUGGGGUUCCUGGGCUCACCAGGGCUCGGUGAAGUUUGUCCAAAGACCAUCCGGGGACUGGGAAUCUCUCUCUCCAUGAUCUCCCCCUCCUGAAGAAAGCCCCACCACCACCAUGCUGAGUUUCUGGAACAUCAUCAGCGGGAGGACUUUCUCCAUCAUCCUGCUGUCCCUCAUGAUCCUCAUUGGCCUGGGCGGGCUGGUGGGGAACGGCCUCAUGCUCUGGCUCCUGGGCUUCAGAACCAAGCGGAACCCCUUCUCGGUCUACAUCCUGCACCUGGCGGGGGCCGACUUCCUCUUCCUGGGCUGCCAGACGGUGUUCGCCAUCCUCAGCUUCAGCCGGGGGCAGCAGCCGCUCUACCUGGUGGUCGCUUUCCUCUGGUUCGCCGCCGGCCUGGGCCUGCUGGUGGCCGUGAGCCUGGAGCAGUGUCUGGCCGCGCUCUUCCCCCGGUGGGGCGCCCGGCGGCCUAAGCACACGUCGGCCUGCACGUGCGCGCUGGUCUGGGCGCUGUCCCUGCCGCUGGUGCUGGUGCCGGCCCGCGCCUGCGGCUUACUGACCGGGGGCGGCUCGUGGCUUACCUGCUUCCGCUACCACGUGGUGAGCGUCAUUUGCAUGGGCCUGCUCUUCUCGGCUCUGUGCGUCUCCAGCGUGGUGCUGCUGGUGCGCGUGCAGUGCUGCUCCCAGAGCGGCCCGAAGCCCCCGUUCUACUGCUUCGUCCUCCAGCUGGUCCCCUUGUUCUUCUUCUGCGGACUCCCCUUCCUCAUCUACUGGACCGUGAAGAACACCUUGGGCUCCCUGGCGUCUUUUUUUUCUUUUUUCUUGUCCAUUGCCGAGCUCCUGGCCUGUGUGAACAGCAGCACCAAGCCCCUCAUUUACUUCUGCAAUGCGGGCCACAGGCAGGAUCUCCAAAGGGCCUGGGCAGGAGAGGGAAGAGCAGGUUCGCCGAGGCCCUGGAGAUGACCGCCUGAGCCCCGCCCCGCCCCCUCUGGGUUACCCAGCAAGCCCACCGGGAACAAAACCGCUUAGGGCAGAAUGUAAGCUCCUCGAGGGCAGGGACUGACUUAACUCUCUGGCUCUGUCUCGGGGUCUGAAACAGUAGCCUGGCGCACAUA